GACUUUGGAGUCAUGCAAAUUAGGGUUCCUUCUCUGGGUUCAUUUCAUUAUGUGUAAAGUAGGGCUAGCAGUGCCUGCCUCAAGGGAGCUUGUGAAGAUUCCGAGCACCUGAGGAAAUGCUCAGGAGAAAGAAGCAUCCACCUAUGAAGACGGUGCAGACAGUCCUGAAUAGUAAUUGUGGAUGGUGUGGCUGCCAGAUUAGUUCUGCUGAGCAUCUGAAAUGAACCUCUCCUAUUGAUUGUUUCAACUGGCCCUGAGCCAGGAGUACUGGGUUUGCUUGACUUCAGGAUAAAAAGAAACGGUCUUGGUCAUCAUCGUAAACAUAUGAACCAGUGUGAUGGUGAAAUGAGAUGAGGCUCCGAAAUGGAACUGUAGCCACUGUUUUAGCAUUUAUCACCUCGUUCCUCACUUUAUCUUGGUAUACGACAUGGCAAAAUGGGAAAGAAAAAGUGAUUGCUUAUCAACGAGAAUUUCUUGCUCUGAAAGAACGUCUCCGAAUAGCUGAACAUAGAAUCUCUCAGCGCUCUUCUGAGCUCAGCGCCAUUGUACAGCAGUUCAAGCGCGUAGAAGCAGAAACAAACAGAAGUAAGGACACAGUGAAUAAGUUUUCAGAUGAUACUCUAAAGAUAUUAAAGGAGUUAACAAGCAGAAAGUCUCUUCAAGUGCCAAGUGUUUAUCAUCAUUUGCCUCAUUUACUGCAAAAUGAAGGAAGCCUUCAACCUGCCGUACAGAUUGGAAAUGGACGAACAGGAGUUUCAAUAGUAAUGGGAAUUCCUACAGUGAAGAGAGAAGUUAAAUCUUACCUCAUAGAAACUCUUCAUUCCCUUAUUGAUAAUCUGUAUCCUGAAGAGAAGUUGGACUGUGUUAUAGUAGUCUUCAUAGGAGAGACAGAUACUGAUUAUGUAAAUAGUGUUGUAGCCAACCUGGAGAAAGAAUUUUCUAAAGAAAUCAGUUCUGGCUUGGUGGAAAUAAUAUCACCUCCUGAAAGCUAUUAUCCUGACCUGACAAACUUAAAGGAGACAUUUGGAGAUUCUAAAGAAAGAGUAAGAUGGAGAACAAAGCAAAACCUAGAUUAUUGUUUUCUAAUGAUGUAUGCUCAGGAAAAAGGCACAUACUACAUCCAGCUUGAAGAUGAUAUUAUCGUCAAACAGAAUUACUUUAACACCAUAAAAAAUUUUGCACUUCAACUUUCUUCUGAGGAAUGGAUGAUACUUGAGUUCUCCCAGCUGGGAUUCAUUGGUAAAAUGUUUCAAGCACCCGACCUCACUCUGAUUGUGGAAUUCAUAUUUAUGUUCUAUAAGGAGAAACCCAUUGACUGGCUCUUGGACCAUAUUCUGUGGGUGAAAGUCUGCAACCCUGAAAAAGAUGCAAAACACUGUGAUCGACAGAAGGCAAAUCUGCGAAUCCGUUUCAGACCGUCCCUUUUCCAACACGUUGGUCUGCAUUCUUCACUCACAGGAAAAAUUCAGAAACUCACGGAUAAAGAUUACAUGAAACCAUUACUGCUCAAAAUCCAUGUAAACCCCCCUGCAGAGGUAUCUACUUCUUUGAAGGUCUACCAAGGUCACACACUAGAGAAGACUUACAUGGGCGAGGACUUCUUCUGGGCUAUAACCCCAGUAGCUGGAGACUACAUCCUGUUUAAAUUCGACAAGCCAGUCAAUGUGGAAAGUUACUUGUUUCAUAGUGGCAACCAGGAACAUCCAGGGGAUAUUCUGCUCAACACAACUGUGGACGUUUUGCCUUUGAAGAGUGAAGGUUUGGAAAUCAGCAAGGAAACCAAAGACAAACGAUUAGAAGAUGGCUAUUUCAGAAUAGGGAAAUUUGUAAACGGUGUUGCGGAAGGGAUGGUGGAUCCCAGCCUAAACCCCAUUUCAGCCUUCCGACUUUCAGUUAUUCAGAAUUCUGCUGUUUGGGCCAUUCUUAAUGAGAUCCAUAUUAAAAAAGUCACAAACUGACCAUCUCCUAAGAAACCAACACAUUUUUCUCCCUGUGAAUUUGUUGAUUAAAGACAGCUGAGCACGUAUGUUUUUUUGGUAACUUGAAUUCUACCUCUCGUGAAAUCUACUGUAGAUAAAAUGAUUGUCAUAUUUCCACUUGGAAAAUGAAUCUCCCACGGAUAGUUGUAUUCAUUUGAAUCUAAGCUGUCCUCCAGUUUUAACUCAAACGUUUUACAGUUAUGACAGCCUGUUAAUAUGACUUGUACUAUUUUGGUAUUAUACUAAUACAUAAGAGUUGUACAUAUUGUUACAUUCAUUAAAUUUGAGAAAAAUUAAUGUUAAAUACAUUUUAUGAAGGGGGUACUUUUGAAGUUCAUUUAUUUUAGUAUUAUAGACCCUCUUUUAUAGAUGAUCAGGGAUUAUAUAUAUAUAAAUAUAUAAAUAUACCUAAAAUGUUAUGGAGUUAAUUUAUUAGAAACACUUAAGAAGUACAUAUUUUUGUGCAGUAAAUUUUUGAAUCAAUACUUUUUUUGAAAACCAGUUACCUUGCUUUUUUAAGUUCUUUCUAUAUUUUUCUUUGGAAAUGCAAACAUUACAAGUUAAUGCCAUUUUUCAAAUGCACUGCCAUUUAAGAGUGAUUCUAGAUUGAUUUCCUAACUGAAGUACUUUUAUAAUCACAAUGAUUCUGAGCAAAAUAUUUUCAAAGCCGUUUGUCAUUCCUUAAAGCCAAGAUUUUAAAGACCAAUGUCCUUCUUGAGGGUUAUUUUACUAUACUAUGUAUGGUGUAUAGCCACAAAAAAUCAGUCCGAUAAGUUUUAAUGUGCAAGGGUGUUGCAUUUCAACCAAAAUUACCAUACACUGAAGUCAUUACAUUUCCUCUGAUAUGUAAAAUGACGAACUCUUCUUUCUGUAUUAAUCUUUGUCUAAAAUCCAUGAAUUAGAUGCAUUUUCUCUUGAUGCUUUUAUAUCUGCACUCAUUCUGAGUUCUGACAAAAUGUUUUCUAGGUAAUGCUAUUGUAUGAGUCACAGUUGGUUUAAUUUUAAAGAAAAAUGUAAUUGUAAUGGUGGGGUUUUGGUGAAAGGUGUUGUAACAGGUGUAUGUUUUUCAAAAUAAUUUUUUCUGUUCCAAUAUGAACUUGUAAGUAAAUUCACAUCCAAAGAGUAUUUAUUACUCUUAAACCUGCAAUUCCACAUGAUGUCAUUACUGUAGACAAAAAUAUUAUCAGCCUUGGCGGUCAGUGAUCUUAACGGAAGUCUUUUACAAAAUUAUGAAUUAUCAACAUCAGUUCCUGAUCACUGUGGUGUCCCCAGGUGGGUUGCAGGCAGUUACAGGUGUGCUGAGGUUAAAUCCUCUGGGCUUUCAGAAUAGCCCAUGGCUAAGGCCUUGGGCACUGGAGGUUCUAGCUGGUUGCCUUUAGCUUGGAGAAGUGUCACCUGUACCCAGUAGGCUGAACAAAUAGCUUUCAAACAGCCUUAUUUUCUGUACAGGGUCAUGCAGUGAAAAAGGAUGGAAAACACAGAUAGGGUACAAUUUUUUCCAUUACUUGAAUGGUUCUUGAUUUAAAACUUAAACGUUGCCAACAAUGAUUAUUUUUAUGUCAAAGUCCAGUUAAACAUUUUCCUCGAGGUUUUUAAAAUUUACUUUGUAUUUUCUUUUAAUUUACCUUUUCUUCCCAACUCUCCUUGGCCCAGUGCCUGGCAGGGAAACUUCACUGGAAAAGCAUAGCCUCUCAUUAUAAAACAUUGGAACCAGCUUCAUAUACUAAAUUGCUGCUCCAACAACUCAGUGUCAGGAGGUGAAAAUCUGGAGGUGGGUUUAGAACCCCCUUGUUUCUCUGCUUCCCAAGAGGCUGACUCUGACUUGAGGAAGAAAGGCCAUGCUCUGAAAGUCCAAGGAGGUGACAGUAACGGCCGUUCCUGGCCCUUUGUCGGGGUGUAUGUCUUGAGACUGAGCCUUAUCCAGGCAGCUCUGCAGAGCUGAGGGUGAAAACUUACUAGCUCAUCCCUCCUGUUCCUGAGAAGAGUUUUAGCCACAUCUUAUCUUUCAAGGACUCCCUUGUGCGCCCCUUCCUUCCUGUGAAUUUGUUACCAGUGCCUCCUUGAGCCCAGCACACUGCCUGACACGUGGCAGGUACCCAGGCAGGAUCUGGGGGAGGGGACCAACUCUUCCAGCCCACACUCCUCUUCCUUUUCCUGAACUCUCUUCAGCUGCUGUCCUUGCCACGCACUUGGGCACACACACACACACAUACACAGAGUCUCAACUGUCUAGUUUCUUUUUGUGGGGGGUGUGUGUGCGCAGACAUGUACUCACUCUGACCAAACGUCAAGUGCCUAUGGGCAAGCGUGUCCGUCGUGCUUCCUGUCCAUCCCCUGCUAUACAGGUGUCCAUGGAGCCUCUUGUUUGCUGAGCUCUCCUCCCCUGAUUUCCUCUAGACAAUUAGCAGCUUGCCAAGAACAGGCAAUUCUAGUGGUUGCCCUUAAGAAUCAUGUUAGCGACUGAAGUAUUGGGACAGAAGAUUAGGGAACCUGGAACAGAGAGAAAGGAAAUACUUGCCCUUGAAUGGACGCUGAACCACUUUUUCCCAAAGAGUGAGUGGGGAAAAGUGUCAAGUGGUGGGACUAAUUUUACUUUUCUGUGUGUCUAUGGCAUGAUGUCUCUGGAGCUCUGCUGUCCUCUGCAGUAGCCACUGGACACCAGGCAGCUACUUGAAUUAAGAAAACAUUCAGCUCUGUAGUUACACUGGCUCUCCCUUGGCUAGUGGCCACUGGAUCAAACAGCACGGAUAUAGAACAUCUCCAUCAUCCCAGAAAAUUCUAUAGGACAGCACUGUGUCAAGAGUGCUAAUAUGAACAUUUUAGAAUCCUUUUAAGAAUCAUUUUAGAAUAAUGAGUUGCAAUCAUGAAGCUAAAAGCAGACAUGCAGAAUAUAUCAUAGUGUAAAUGAUGAUGAGUAUUUGCAGGGAGAAGAGAAAGUUGAGGACCUAUUUCCAGGUUUCUGAGAUCAAGUUCUAAAUUCUUUGCUCUCAGUCUCAUGCGUUCUUUACGGCAGUCACUGUCUCUGCUAUUGGAGUCCAGUAAGAUCUCCAACUUGAGGUUGAGGUUCCAAAGCUUGUGAUAGGACAAGCUUUGGAAAACAUGAAUGCACGUGGAUUAUUUAGCAUGCAGGCUGUAGACAUGUAUGUAUAGGUUAAUUCAACUGUUGGAGAUGUCUUUUAUAGCUUUUUAGAUCAACAAUUGCAUCAGUAAAUAAUUAGAAAAACUUGAGCAAUGCUGUGAAGUCUUCUCUUAAAUGUGUCCUAGUAAUGAAAAAAUUGUCUGCCAACAGUGCUGUCCUCGAAGCCAAGUGUGAUUAUAUGCAAACAGCAUGUUUGGAAAGAUUGCUCUAAUUAAUAGUGUGUAUUUGUAGCAGCCAGACUUCUGUGGAUGCCCCCCAGUGACUUUGUAGAUUUUGAGUGUAUGUGAACCUGUAUUAUCCAUAAUUAUGUUGUACAGCAAAAGGGAGAUUAUCUGGAAACAGCUAACCAAAUCAUGUGGGCCCUGAGUUUUCUCAGGCUGUCAGCAGAAGUCAGAGAUUCAAAGCAGGAGGACUUGAGACACCAUGGCUGGUUUCAGAUGGGGGCAGCCACAUGAGGAGAAAUGCCUCUUGAGCUGAGAGGCCCCAGCUGGCAGCCAAGGGAAUGGAAACUGCAGUCCUGCAGCCACAGGAAUUGAACUCAGCCAGCAAUCUGAAGGAGUCUGCAGAUGGACUCUGCUUCAGCAGACAGGAGCCUGGUUCCCGCCAGCACCUGGAUUCCAGCCUUGUGAGACCUUGAGCAGAGAGUGCAGUCCUGUCUGCCUGGACUUCUGGCCUACAGAGCUGUGAGAUAAUAAAUGGGUGUUGUCUUAAGCAUUUAAAUUUGCCAUGAUUUAAUGCAGCAAUAGAAAAUGAAUAUGAUGUUUAAAAGAGGUGAAGCAGAAAAGUCUUCCUACUUGAUUCCUUCUGGUGUGUUAUUUCAUUUUUAUUUGUUAAAUUGGAGGAUAACCGCUUUACAAUAUUGUGUUGGUUUCUGCCAUACAUCACAUGAAUCAGCCACAGGUAUACACAUGUCCCCUCCCUUCUGAAACCCCCUCCCACUGUACCCCACCCCCUAGGUUGUCACAGAGCACUGGGUUGAGUUUCCUGAGUCCUAUAGCAGAUUCUCACUUGAUGUUUACGUAUAGUAAUGUGUAUGUUUCCAUGCUACUCUCUGAAUCUGUCCCACCUCUCCUUCCCCAGCUGUGUCCACUGAUCUGUUCUGUGUCUGCAUCUCCACUGCUGCCCUACAAAUAGGUUCAUCAGUACGAUCUUUGUAGAUUCCACAUGCACACGUUAAUAUACACUAUUUGUCUUUCUCUUUUUGACUUACUUCACUUUGUAUAAUAGGCUCUAGGUUCAUCCAUCUCUAGGACUGACUCAGAUGCGUCCUUUUUUAUUUAAUAGCUGAGUAGUAUUCCACUGUAUAUAUGUACCACAAUUUCUUUAUCCAUUCAUCUGUUGAUGGACAUCUAAGUUGCUUCCAUGUCCUAGCUAUUGUAAAAAGCGCUGCAAUGAACAUUGGGAUUACAUGUGUCUCUUUCAUUUAUGGUUUUCUCAGGCUAUAUGCCCAGUAGUGGGAUUGUUGGGCCAUGUGGUAGUUCUAUUCCUAGUUUUUUAAGGAAUUGUCAUACUAGCUGUAUCAAUUUACAUUCCCACCAACAGUGCGAGAGAGUUCCCUUUUCUCCAGAUCUUCUCCAGCAUGCAUUGUUUGUAGGUUUUUUACUGAUGACCAUUCUGACUGGCAUGAGGUGAUACUUCCUUGUAGUUCUGAUUUACAUUAAUAAUGAGCUAUAUUGAGCAUCUUUUCAUGUUCGUUGGCCAUCUGUAUGUCUUCUGAGAAAUGUCUGUUUAGGUCAUCCAUCCAUUUUUUGAUUGGGUUGUUUUUCUGGUUUUGAGCUGCAUGAGCUGCCUGUAUAUUUUGGAGAUUAAUCCUUUGUCAGUUGUUUAGUUUGCUUAUUGUUUUUUUCCUUCCAUUCUGAGGGUUGUCUUUUAAUCUUGUUUAUUGUUUCCUUUGCCAUGCAAAAGCUUUUAAUUAAGUCCUAUUUGUUUCCUUUUGUCUUUAUUUCUAUUACUCUAGGAGGUUGGUCAUGGAGAAUCUUGCUGUGAUGUAUGUCAAAGAGUGUACCAUGUAUGUUUUCCUGUAAAAGUUUUAUGGUUUCUGGCCUUACAUUUAAAUCUUUAAUCCAUUUUGAGUUUAUUUCUUGUGUAUGGUGUUAGUAAGUGUUGUAGUUUCAUUUUUUUUUUUACACAUAGUUGGGUUAUUUCUUGAUAAACACAUGAAUAAAGUCUUGUCCUACCAGAUUAUAUAUCCAAGUCUCAUCUGGGAUUCUCUCCCGAAGACCUGUUAAUUUUCGUUAGAAGGUUAUUGGCAAAAACUUGGAGCAGCUUAGUAGCACGUUUCAUAAAGGAACUGCUAGCCUGACAUCACAGGAGCAGGAUCUAGUAAGGCAUAUUUUCCUGGAAUCAGUGUCACUUUAUGUUGAUUUUGAUUGUUCUGAGCCUGUCAGUUAUUAUUAAGAAUGAACAGUGGUAUUUUAAAUAAGCUAUUAAGAGGGAAAAAAAGUAUGCCUUUGUGUAGAGAUCAAAUAAUCUACUCUGUAUUACUAAGCACAGAUCAAAUCCUAUAUGUGCUAAACAAAGUUUUGUAAUUCACAUAUAUUUUCAAAAAUACUUCUGCUCCCAAACUGUUAAUUGCUGUUUUAAUUUUGGUUUAUCCAUAUUUUUUGUGCUUCUUUGACUAUAUUGCCAUAGCCCUGAUAUAAGAAAAGUUGAAUGAAAGAAAAUGAGAGGCUAAAGUUAUCAAAAAGUUGAAGAUUUGAGUCGUGAUCAUAUCUGAAGUCCUAAAGAGAAGGAAACAUUUCUAAGCUAUGGAGCAGUGUUUAUAAUGUGUGAGAUUUAGUUUGAGAAUUGUAUAUCUUUAAUUAUUAAUCUUAACAUAUAUAUGGCUUAACUAAUAUGCUUCCUUUAUUUAUUCAAUGCAUGUGAAACUACAGUGCUGAAGAGACCACUACAAGAGUAUUACUAAAAAAAAAAAAAAAAAAGCCUUUUUUAUAUUUAUUUACCCAUAUCAUCAAUAUCUAUACAGAAACUUGACUCUUCUUACCUGAAACACUCGCUUCACCUGUUAGGGUGCUAGCUAGAGCAUUUCCAGAGGAACAAACCAGAAGGGGCUGGAGCUUCAGAGUAUGUGAGUGGAGAAUUUAGAUGUCAUUCAAAAAAAUGUAAACUGAGUGUUGGACUGGAAACACUUUCUGUGGAAAAACGUUAGGAACUGUGGUGCUAAAACUGUUCUAGAAUAAGGAUGGUCUGUUGUGGGGAACAUUCCAUACUCUUGGACACGAGGAAGGCUAUUUAAUUCAGAGCAUUAGUGAUUAGCAAAUUGCCCUGGAAUCAAAAGAUUUGGUACUUGAGUUUGAUAAGCAUUCCAUUAUUUGUUCGAAAUGCUCAGUUUGCCGAAAUUUGGGUGGAAAUACCUUUUGAAGACACAGUCUUAGAGCCUUAAUGAUGGCCGGCAUCGACAGUACUGUAAGACGCACUGCCAGCAGAUUUGACAUUUUCCGUGUAGUCGGUUGUGUUUUCUAAGAAAGAUUUUAGAAAUCAGCUGAUUAAAUGUAACCACUGUUUCAUUUAUGGGAUGAAAGACUAAAGCAUUUCUCCUUGAGAACAAACUCCGUUUGGAAAGGCUGUCUUGGUGGUUGGGGUGUCUCUGGAAGCACCCCUGGGAGACGCUGCCUGGAGGACUGCUUUUCCAGCUUGUACCAAGGUUUUUUCUCCCCUGAGAUAUACUGUACAUAUUUUCCUUACAACAUCUUCAUUGGUCGGAUUGGUAAUAACUGCAGUAAUAUUUUAGGUCCUGUUGGAUUUUCAAAGGCAGAUUAUUUAUUUUCUAAUUUGCUGCUAAAACUGAGAAGCUGAUAACUGGUCCCGUCGACUGUGCCUUCAUCACUGUUUCUCUGUGCCAGAGCCGUUCAUGUGUAUUUGAAAUAAAGAAUUUAAAAAGCCA